AUGAAAAAUAGUAACGACAGCUCCAUGAAUGAUUUUCUCUUGCUGGGCUUUUCCAUCCUUGGAAAGAAACCAACUUUACUUUUUGUGAUUUUCUCCCUUACCUAUGGUACCAUCCUGACCUUCAACAUCAUUAUCAUGUCAGUCAUAUUGCUCGACCGGACUCUACAUUGUCCAAUGUACUUUUUACUUUUUGCAUUAUCUGUGUCAGAAACCUGUACCACCUUUGUCACUGUCCCCAAACUUCUUUUCAUUCUGUUGACUGGCAGACAGUCCAUUUCCUUUGUUGGAUGUGCCAUGCAGAUGUUUUGCUUUUUUAGUUUGGGAGCCAACAAUUGUUUCCUGUUAGUUGCUAUGUCUUAUGAUCGGUAUGCAGCCAUUUGCUACCCACUUCAGUACCAGGUACUGAUGGAGAAAAAGGUUUGCAUCAAACUAGUAGCUGCAUCAUGUCUAGCAGGAUGCUAUAUCUCUCUAGUUAUUUGCAUCCUUAUAUUCAGGUUGCCUUUUUGUGGGCCAAAAGAAAUCCAACAUUUUUUCUGUGACAUUUCACCUGUGCUGAACCUGACUUGUAUUGAUACUUACCUGACUCAUCUGGUGGUGGUCCUUUUAUGUGCUGUUGUUUUGCUGGGCACAGUCCUAUUGAUCUCUGUUUCAUACGCCUAUAUUAUUUCUGCUAUCCUAAGGAUCUCCUCCAGUCUGGGAAGAAAAAAAAUGUUCUCCACCUGUGCUUCCCAUCUCACUGUGGUGAUCACCCACUUCAGUUGUGCUUGUUUUGUGUAUUUGAGACCUAAGACAGCUUCCUCACUAGGUCAAGACACAUGGCUCUCAACCGUUUUUGUCUUCAUAACCCCUCUGCUGAACCCUUUGAUUUAUACCUUGAGAAAUCAGGACGUUAAAUUAUCCAUUCAAAAACUGCUAAGGAAUUCGUUUUGUCCUCAGAGACUCUAA